AUGAUCUUAAAACUACCGUCUUUUCUAAUAAAAAUCUAUAUACUAAGUUUUAUAACAUGGAUAAUUUUAACAACUUCAAUUCCUCAAUUUUUACAAAAACAAAAAUUUGAAUUAUCAAGUAAUUCAACAGACGUGAAAAAUCUAAAAGAAUAUCCUCAAAAUUCAAUCAUAUACCCCAAAAAUAUAUCAACAAGAGAUUCAACAAUAUAUAUAAUAAUAGCUCAUCCAGAUGAUGAAGUUAUGUUCUUUGCACCAACUAUAUUAGAGCUACUCAAAUUAAAAAAUAAUAAUAAAUUAAAAUUAAUAUGUUUUUCAAAAGGUGAAAAUAUUGGUGAUAUAAGAGCUAAUGAAUUAUAUAAAUCUACAAGAAUAUUGGGAAUUGAUCAAGAGGCAAUGACAAUUUUAGAUUAUAAAGAUGGUAUGAAUGAAACUUGGUCAAAUGAUGAUAUUGUAAAAGAUUUAAAAAAUUUAAUAGAUCUAAAGAAGAAGGAAGACAAUACAAUAAUUAUAACAUUUGAUGAAAAAGGAAUAUCUAAUCAUCCAAAUCAUAUUUCAUUACAUCAUGGAACUAAAUCAUUUUAUAAACAACAAAAAUCAAAUACCAAUAAAUUAAAAUUAUAUAAUUUAAAAAGUUUAGGAUUUUUUGAAAAAUAUAGUUUUACAAUUUUAACAAAUAUUGAAAUAUUAAUAAAUUAUUGUAAUUUAUUAAUUCAAAAAUUUAUUCCAAUUAUAAAUAUAAAUAUAAGUUUAUUUGGAUCAAAUUUAAAAAAUAAUAAAAAUUUAGAUAAUAAUUCAAUAGGAAAUUCAAUAAAAUUUUAUUCAGAUUUAAAUAUGUUAAGUUGUAGUUAUGCAGCUAUGGCUUAUGGACAUUUUAGUCAAAUGGUAUGGUUUAGAUAUGGUUGGUUAAUGUUUAGUAGAUAUCUAACUUAUAAUCAUUUAAUUGAAAUUUCAUAA